GGAUGCUCACUAUAACUUUGGAGUCUCUGUGGAGUUCUUCAGAGACUUCUUAGGGAUAUUUAGAAAACUGAGAAGCUACUUGGGACAGAUGGAAAAACAAAAGCAUAGCCUGUAUCAUAGAGAAAAGCCUAGGGCAGUGCUAAGAAUGGAACCCAGACAUGCUGAGUUUCCAAGCCUAGUCUCUCGCUUUCAGAAAGAUGGCUCCUAAGUCACUUAAGAGAGAGUUGGAAUGGAGAUCUGAUCCUGUGUUACUGGGCAAAUGAAAAGGGGAGGGACCUGAGUGAUAUGUAGGAGUGAUACCUAGAGUCAGAAAGAACUUCUGGAGGAAAUUCCUCCAAAAUGAAAAAAAAAAUUAAUGAAAAGGAAGAAAAAGAGGGAAAUUUAAGAGAGAAUAGAGAAAAGGGCACAGAGUGAGUCAAGUAGUUUGACCUGAAAUGGACAGACCUUAUGGAAAGAACAUGGGUUUGUUUGCUAGAGAUAAUAGCUUGGAGAGGGAGCCAGUGAUAAAGUAGAAAAGGUCAUCACCUGGAGAGGAAAACAGUGGGGAGAGUGGAAAGGAUGAAUUAUUGUUGAUCCUAGUUGAGGAAUGGAGAGGAAAUCCUUUUUUUCUUUUCUUUCUUGUAUCCUUCCACUGAAGCAACCAGAACAAGGUCUAGGGACUAUACGAUGUAUACGGAAGAAGCAGAGCAAAGUGAAGAAGACAGUCUUCUGGGGCAUCCAGGUGGCUGAGUCAAUGAUCUGGAGAAAUUGGAUGCUAGGCAAGGAGAUCACCAAGAACUUGACUCUGAAAAAUAUACACACGAAAACCCAGAAGCUGAAAUACAGGCUUCCCAGCACUAAAUUCUUUUUCACAGUGUACCCACAGACCAUCUUUUUGGGCCCCGGGAUGUCCUUUACUCUUCCUAUAAUCUUCCGGCCCUUGGAAGAGAAGCAGUAUUUGGAUCGUCUAUGUUUUGAAAUGGCAGAAGGUGAGUUUUCAGUGGAGCUUAAAGCCAUUCUGCCUAUCCACCAGUUAUUCUGCCCCCCAUCACUGCAGUUGCCUCUGUGUGCUGUGUCUGAUACCUCUGAGGCCUGGUUCAAUCUAUGCAAUGUGGGGGACAUGCCCACCUUCUUCACAUGGGAUUCCCCCAACCCAUUUCACAUAUUACCCACCACGGGAUUGUUGGAGCCAGGCUCAAUAUGCCAGAUCAAGGUUUUAUUCCAGCCUCUUGUGGCCCUCAUCUAUGAUAUCCAGGCCAGCUGUUGGUAUGGAGAAGCUGGUGAGCAGAAAACUGUCAUCCAACUCCAAGCUGUUGCUAAAUGCUGCCAGCUGCUGGUAUGUAUAAACAAGGACGAGCCUGAGGAGACUGAGCUAACCUCUCACAAGGAAGUGAACUUUGGUCCUGCCCCAGUGGGCUACACUACGAAGAAGUGCAUCCAGCUGAUUAACCCAUCUGUGGUGAAUGCCCCAUUCCAUAUUGAGGUGAACCGGGACUUGUAUGAGGACGACCGCGUAUUCACCUGCCCGAUCGCUCGCGGGGUGGUGUUCCCUGGGGAGCAGAUGUGGCUGUCGCUGUUAUUCCGUCCUCAAACUGUGGGUCUUCAGAGCGUGGACUACCUUAAAAUUUUACCCCCUGGGAACACCUCUGAAGUCUCCCUCAAACUAAUUGGCAUAGGUGCAGGCCCUGCUGUGUCCUUCAACCAUUACUGCGUUGAUUUCUACUGGAUCAGCUUAGGCAAGAGUGCCACAAAAUUUCUGACGAUGCAAAAUGCUGCAAAUUGCCCGGCUUACUUCAUGUUUGAGAUUGAUAACCAAGAGAGUGUUUUCUCCCUGGAGCCUCAAAGUGGGCUCCUGGGUGCUAAUGAGAAGAAACUGGUGACUGUCACCUUCCAGCCCACCCACCCUAUCAUCUGCUACCGAAGAGUAGCAUGUUUGAUCCACCACCAGGAACCUCUGUUCUUGGAUAUCAUUGGAACCUGCCACUCUGAGAGUGCCAAGCCAGCCAUCCUGAGACCCCGACACCUUAAGUGGUACCGUACCCACAUGGCACGGGGGUUGAUACUGUUUUCACCAGACGUAUUGGGCAUCAUGCUGAAGGAGAAUAAGCUCAUUCGGGAUGAAGAUGGAGCACUCAUGCUGCGCCAAGAGGACCCUCAGAAGCCACUCCCUAUAAAAUAUCCAGAUAUUCCUCCCUUCAGUGAAUAUUUCCUCGAUGGUACCGAUGACACAUCCAUCUUCCUUCCAACGAUCGGCAUAGAGCCCCUUGUAGUGAACUUCAACAGGUGCUCUACUUUGGGGGAACCCGACCCCUUCCCACUCUGCCUGACCAAUUAUACCAGAGGCAAGAUUACAGUCGUCUGGACUCAUCAAGCCAACAGUCCCUUCCAGGUUGUACCUGAGGUUGUGGACAUCCCCCCACUCAAGAAGACAGUUGCCCGUCUGCACUUCCAGCCUCAGUACCCCAACAAAGUCUAUGCAGCUGAACUCGAGGCCUUUGCCUACUACAAGGUACUAAGAAGCUAUAACAACAUAGAGGAAGACUGCACUUUGUUUCCAUCCUGGUGUGUUAGACUGAAGGCCAUGGGGCAUACCUACGAAGUGAACAGAGAGCACAAUUUCCCUCGUUAUACCUUAGAUGUUCCCAAGCUCUUCCCUGCAGUAUCUUCCAAAAGUACAAGUUAUCGUACCUUAUUGCUCUACAACAGCGGAUCUUUGAUGUUCACCUUCAACCUGAUGCCAAAUAGCAGUCCAGACAUCACAUUCCGACCCACCACAGGCUUCCUCCUUCCUGGGGCCUGCCAGAUCUUCCUCCUUUCCACCUGCCCCAAGGGGGUCCCUUGGAAACAGCACCCAUUAACCCUGCAGUUCAACUUCUGUCCCAAGUACAUCAAGGACAUCAUGAUGAUGAGCCGGGAAGAACCACUACAGCUUCAACUGGAGUCUGGCAAAAUCCUCUAUUUCAAGCCUACUUAUGUGGGAGGCUCCUCCACCAGCCCCUUUGCCAUCCGAAACACCACACGCCUGACCCUGUCAUUUGAAUGGAGGUACGCCUACCACAACAGCAAGGUGGUGUCUGUCCAGCCUUCCAAAGGUAUCAUCUUGCCCAAUGAAGUUAUGAUUCAUACAUGGACCUUCACCCCCUCUUAUGAAACCAAGUACCUGAUUCGGGUUGUCCUGUGGGGAUGGGAUGCAAGAGUUUCUUCUGGCUAUUCUCCUUCCCCAACAACUCACUACCUCCUUCGAGUAAUUGGGGAGGGCAUUAAGGGCUUCAUUACUGCAAAAGAAAAAGAGCUGGAUUUUGGGAAUGUGCUCGUGGACAGUGAGCAGAGGAAAGACCUGGUCCUGCUGAAUAAUGGGAACUGUGCCCUUCCCUACCGCCUGUUUGUGGAGCAGACAAUGAAAGGGCCUUGUGAUCCAGAAGAGGUGGAAAGUGACCCAAUUGCUCUGAAAAUGGACAAAAUGGAGGGAACGCUGCCUGCCCGGUCACAAGAAACCAUCUGCCUUACCGCCUGCCCCACUCGGCGCCUACAGUACAUUUGGACCAUCAGAUACUCCAUCCUCACCCGUGAUGAAAGUAAAUAUAGAGCUAAGGAGGUACUAUGCAAGGUAACAAUGAUGGGGGUGUACCCAACCCUCUCAAUUGUGGAUGCCUGUGCAACUGGCAGUGCUGGGGGCAUCACUCGCCAGCAUUUAUGGCAGCUCCUCUCCUUAGAAACUCUCAACAACUACCUGGAGCGGGACCCCACCUCCUGGGAACUUACCUAUAAGGUGCCCACCCGACACAGCACAAACAGGAUUCCCUCCUUCUUCACUCCUUUGAGGCUUGAUUUCAAUUUUGGGGCUUCACCCAUUGGAUCUGAGCCUUCAGUGGUGUUCCUGUUGCUGAAGAACAGUGGCGUGGUACCUUUGAACUGGGCUUUCCUCUUCCCCAGUGACCAGCAAAUUGAUCUGGAGUUCUGGGCAGAAAGGACAGAGUUAGAUUUUGCUGAGUUGCAUCAGAUGCGUGUUCAGGACAACCAGAUCUUCUCUAUCACCCCCAAGUCAGGAAGUCUCUGUCCUGGGCAAGAGCAGACAGUAGAACUCAUACACAGUCAUGUCUUCGUUGGUACUGAUCAACUGCCUGUGCUGCUCAAAGUGUCCCAUGGCCGGGAGAUUCUGCUGAAUUUCAUAGGAGUGACAGUGCAGGUAGGAGAGAAGUAUGUCCACUUCACAUCCACCAGUCAUCGAUUCACCCCAGUUGCUAUUGGCACAGCCCUUCCCUCACGUCAGAUUUAUGAACUAUAUAAUGGCGGUUCGGUGCCUGUCUUAUAUGACAUCCAGUUGGACCCUCUAUGGGAGGUCCAAAGUAAAAAUUUCCAGCACCCCAUCUUCCAGUGCCUCAAUCCCCAUGGAGACAUCCAGCCUGGCAAGACUACUCAGGUCUAUUGGAUCUUCUCACCGAUAGAAGCCAAGACUUACACUGUGGAUGUCCCGAUCAACAUCCUGGGUUGGAACUCAGCCGUCGUCAGGUUCGAAGGCGUGGGCUAUGACCGUUUCGUUAUGGGAAAUACAGCCCCAUUCCAUACUGUCACCAACAAUGACCAAACUCCAAUGGACACCAAAUUAGUUAUACCUGGCCAGGUUGUAUUCCUAUCUCAAUCUCGAAUUUCCCUGGGCAACAUCCCAGCACACGCCAGGUGUAGUCGUCUCAUAUUUCUCAACAAUGCCUCAGAGAAAGAGAUUGUCAUCUUCUCCUGGGAUCUGGGAUCAUCAAAUAUAAUAGAUAAUGUGAUACUGAAGGUGUCUCCCAUGAUGGGAGUGGUGGCUCCUGGGGAAAAUGUCCCUUUUGUGGUGACCAUGAAGGCCUCACAGAACACCUGUUUCUACAGCUUUGACCUGAUCUGCAAGAUUUACCUACAGAGAGCCCUGACCCAGUAUGAAGCAGAAUUGCAGGCCUGGGAGAAGGAAAAGAACCGGCAAGAAGUUGAGUUCACAAUCACAGAAACAAAUUUGGAGGGACUACCUGAGUUCUUGAAAUCCAGUUCAUCCUGUACAGCGUGUGGCAGGAAGUAUAAGACCUUGCCCCCUAUCCAGAAACAACCACCCUAUACCCCACCAGUCUCCUGGAAACUGAGGAGCCCCAAGCCCAGGCCGAUCAGGCUCUGUCCUGAGGCACCCAAGCCCUGCCUGCUGUACUUGGGCCUCACUGCUCGUGCCCAUAACUUGGAUGACUUCGAGUCGAACUUCUACACUGAACUCCCUUGCUACUUCCUCUACCUGCCACUCAAAGAGAAGAAAAAUGAGGGUGAAUCGAUGAUAUCGGAGGAUAAACCUGAACAGGUUCCACUUUCUAGGCAGGCGAAGAGGAUUGUGACAGAUAUUCUGACCAUGGUUAUCAGGAGCUUACUGGAAGACAGGAAGUUCCAUGAAGAUGUGGAAAAUGCCCUGGUGGAACCCAUUCCUUACUUCAGCCAAUUCUGGAGUGAGGAAUCAUCUCAGAUGCCAAAAAAGAAAAGUAGUUUGGAUCGUGUAUCUGAUAACUCCAUCUUAUGUGAGGGAGAAGAGGAGGGAGAAGAUGAAGGUAAAGAGGAUGAGAUGGGAGAUGAAGAAGAAGAAUCCUGGGAUAAGGGAAAACUGUUUGAGUCUCUGGAGGAAAGUAUGUCUCAUCAAAGCAUCAUACAGAAAAGGUCUCUGCAUCACUUGCUAUCAGAAGGAUUGAAUAGAAUACUGGAGGAAGAAAAAAGCCGUAGGGAAAAGGAAGCAAUCUCCCGGCUGCCCAGCUUCCUGAGUCUUCGCCAGUCAGUGCUGGAAAACAUGAUCCAGAACAUCAUGAUCGAGGCCAGCCGCGGGGAGGUGGUGCUGACCACGAAGCCCCGAGUCAUCGCCCUUCCUCCGCCCACGCAGCCCCUCACGAACAACUUGCCCAGUGAGCAGAUCCCAGAGUCGAUCCCCCGGCGCCGAAGCUUCGGCUCCAUCUCAGCGCCUCUGCCCCAGAUGCACGUCUUCCCGAAGCAAUCCAUCUCCGAGGUGGUGGUCUAGGCUUGUCCAGAGCCGGGGCCAACUGCCUGUCUUCGUGUCCUUCCAUCUCCCGGCCCUGCAGCAGGGGGUCCUGUGCGCUCCAGGGGGAAAAAAAGUUUGCCAGUCACUCCCUAGGCUUCAACCAAACCUCUCGGUCCUGUGCUCUUGCAGUAAAAUCGCACCUGGAGUCA